CAUAACUCUCAAUAACUCCCAAAGGUUAAGCUGUGAACCUCGCGCAUCGCAAAUGGCGAAGCCUUAUCCUUCACAGGUCCACUCCCCUUUCUUCAAUCCCUGGAGUUCACUCCACACUUCCGUUAGUUUUGCGUUGUAAAGUAUUCGGAUUCCCACUGCGUUUAAAGCUCAAAUGGAAGGCUAUCUCAAUACCUUCUUCCCCGAGAAAUCCUUUCAUCCUUUCAAUUUACCGAUAGUGAAAUGUGUUUCCGGUGCUUUUGAUCCUAACUCUGAGGUCUUAUUUAGUAGAAGAACUAGGGUUUUUACUUGCAAAAUGCAGAUCAAUUCUAUGCCGUUGAGGGGGAUUGAGGAACCAAAGCAUCCUACUCCCAUUUGGGAAUUAGAGUUCUUGGGAAAGGUUCCUUCAUCAAGUUCUCAUCAAAUCAAGAAUAAGCAAGCUGAAAAAUCCAGGUUGCUUAAGGACACUGACAGCAUGGAUUGGUGUGUUAGGGCUAGGAGGGCUGCGUUGAGGACAAUUGAAGCGAGGGGUUUGACAUCAUCCAUGGAGAAAAUGGUAACAUCCAGGAGUAAAAAGAAGAAGAAGAAGGUUAAGGGAAUCAAGGAGAAAGUGAACAAGAAGGAAAUCCUUGAAGAUUUAGACGAUGCUUUGGAAGGCAUGGAUUUAGACGAAGAAAUAGGGGAGGAUAACAGCGGCCUUCUCAGUAGAGUUGCCAUGUUUGCUGAUGGGAUGUUUGAAGAAAGGAGGGAGAAAGCCAAGGAGGCUUUUAUCGAGAAAUUGUCUCAGUUUUCAGGACCUUCUGAUAGGAAGAAAGAGAUUUGCCUCAACAAAGACAUUGUUGAUGCACAAACUGCGGAGGAAGUUCUCAAUUUAGCAGCAGAAGCUAUAUCAGCUGUGGCAAAAGGAUUAAAUCCUUCUCCUUUAACUCCUAUCAAUAUUGCAACUGCUAUUCACCGCAUAGCCAGAAACAUGGAAAAAGUUUCCAUGAUGAGAACUCGCAGGCUGGCGUUUGCCCGCCAAAGAGAGAUGUCUAUGCUUGUAGGCAUGGCAAUGGUUGCUUUGCCUGAAUGUUCGGCUCAGGGGAUAUCAAACAUUGCCUGGGCAUUGUCGAAGAUUGGCGGUGAGCUACUCUAUAUUUCAGAGAUGGAUAGAAUUGCUGAGGUGGGAACUAUGAAGAUUGGGGACUUCAAUGCACAAAAUUUGGGUAAUGUUGCCGGUGCUUUUGCAUCAAUGCAGCACUCUGCGCCCCAACUCUUCUCAAAAAUAGCUGUCAGAGCAGCUGAAAUAGUGCAAACUUUCAAGGAACAAGAGCUUGCUCAGUUAUUAUGGGCAUUUGCUUGUUUGAAUGAGUGUGCUGAUCCUUUGCUGGAUUCACUAGAUAAGGUUAUCAAGGAAGAAGGAAGACUAAGUUCACCAGUUAUCAUGGAUGAUAAGACUGUUGAGACUGUUGAUAAUGCCAUGGACAAUGUCCCGGAAGAGAAUGUAAGGAUCUCUGUGUUUCAGUUUAGUAGAGAUCAACUUGGGAACAUAGCUUGGUCCUAUGCUGUUCUAGGCAGGUUGAAUAAUUUAUUCUUCUCUUAUGUGUGGAGAGCUUUGGACCAACAUGAGGAACAGAGGCUUUCAGGACAAUAUAGGGAAGAUAUAAUCUUUGCAUCACAGGUUUAUUUAGUAAAUCAGUUUUUGAAGCUCGAGUAUGCUGAACUUGGUUUAUUGUUGAAAAAGGAUGUUGAAGAGAAAAUAUCACAAACAGGAAAGACUAAAUGUUUCAAUCAGAAAACAACUUCUUCAUUCCAAAAAGAGGUUGCGCGGCUUCUUAUCAGCACUGGUCUUGAUUGGGUCAAAGAAUAUUCGCUCGAUUGUUACACUUUGGAUGCUGUGUUGGUUGAUAAGAAGCUUGCUUUGGAGAUUGAUGGUCCAUCACAUUUCUCAAGGAAUUUAGGGAUUCCUUUGGGUCACACGAUACUCAAAAGGCGAUAUAUAUCUUCUGCAGGCUGGAAAUUAGUCUCUUUGUCAUAUUUUGAGUGGGAGGAACUCAAAGGUGAAUUUGAGCAGUUGGAAUAUCUAAGAAAAAUCCUUGCCAUAAAUGCAGACGGCAAUUCAGAGGACCAACCUGAAAGUUUGGUCAAGUCAUAGUAUACUCCAACGGGCUAACUUCGUCGAUGUUCAAUCUGAAAUUUAUAUUUUGUGAGAUGACAUUUAGCCCCUUUUUUUUAAUGUUGGAAUUACUGUCUUCGAUUCAAAAAUCGUCUCGCUUAUUAUGAAAAAGAAAAAAUAAUUUU